CCAAAGAUUGCAGUUCCAACAUUCCCUUUGUUUAAUUGAUGCUUCCAAAUUAUUUUAUAAUUUCUAUUAGGAACCUUCCUGGUUCCUCCUUGAAUUUAAGCCUUUAGCACAGUGCAUCUACCAUUUCACUACCCUUUUGGCCCUUUACCAAUACUUUUGCUGCUGACACAGACAAGCAAAUUUCAGGCUAUUUCUAUUCAUGUAAGUUAAAUGUAGAUUUUCAUUCAUUAACUAUAGUCUCUUAUUCUUUCUUCCCCUGCAUGUUUUUUUGCCAGUGUGUAUUGUUUUUGCUUUGAAUUGGCAUAGAGCUUUGCUGCCUCAGAAAUGGAUUCUUUUAAACAAAUCUGGGGUGCAGAAGGAUGUAGCAGUAGUGAAUCUGGUUGGACUAUGUAUAUUGCCUCUCCCAUGCAGGAAGAUGAUGCUGGAUGCAGCAAUGAAAAUUAUGGAUAUCAUCAUGAUAAUAUCUAUGGUGAAAACAGGAGAAAGAAGCAAGGGGUAAAAGUUGAUGAAGAAGAAAGUGAUGAUUCGAUGGCUUCGGAUGCUUCCUCUGGUCCAGUUCAUUAUCACCAUGCUUAUGCUCAAAGCCAAAGUAAUCACGGCUCUAAGAAAGAUAAACAAGAUCAUGGAAGCAAGUGUUCUUCUAAGAAGAAUGCAAACAAGCAGGAGAAGAAACGUGUUGACAGCAGAAGUAAAAAAUGA